CAAAGUUUUCGCUGGGCGGGCGCGCCAUAGAUUGGGGCUGAAGAGCCACGUGGAUCGUAAAGUCCGAGGCAAAAUAUUGCUCGCACGUCCCCCCUCAUCCUGGUGGACCAGGCCGGAUGACAACACCAUGUCCUCGCCCUCGAGGCGGCGGCUGAGUAGGAAUAGCCAGGUCGUUCAGACGACGACGACGUCAUCGUUUUCCACCAGUCCGAAGAGUAAGACUGCAUCCCGACGCGAUGACUUCAUUGCCCCCUCGUCUGAAGAAGGCGGGCCUCGACAGAAGGGCAGGAUCCUCAGCAGCUCCACCCGCAUCUUCAUUAUCAAGGACAAGCUCGAGCAAAUUGAUGUGGAUCGCAUUCGUGCGGCAAUCUCGUCGCUCGGCGGAAUGAACGCCUCGCUACGCUUCGCCAACUUGAUCUUGACGGGCACCCGAUCCGCCAAGCGAGCACAGAAAUUCAUCGACGCCGAUGCCGAACAACGCAAAGUACCAGUCGUACACCACACCUGGCUCGAUGACUCGCAGAGAGCUGGCAUCAUGCUUCCGUAUGCAGACUACCUCGUCAUAUCACCCAAGGAGCCCUCGCCUCCAGAGACCCUUAAGGCCCUCGAGCAUGAGACAAAGGCCACAGAAAACGUCACCGAACCUGCACCGCCAGAAGAAGGAUCGUCAACAGAGGUCAGCUCCCCCGAACGCCCUAGCUCGGCAUCACCAUCACGGGGCCGUGAGCGAGAGAGCAAACGCAAGCGUCGUGAUAGCAACAGCGACAGCGCCGCUGUCGCAGGUGAUUCGAGCAGUCGAGAGGGAAGUCUUGGGAACGAGCAGGUCAUUGGGACUGCAAAUCAGCCGAAGACGGCUGGACCAUCCUGGUGCAACUCAGAGUAUGCGUGCAUGAGGCCUUCGCCGCUCAAGUCGUUGCACAACCAGGGCCUCGUUGACCAGCUCGAGACUCUUCGACUUCAGCGGACGUUGACUGGUGGCCAAGAGGUCAAUGCAACCGCAUACGGGCGGGCAAUCUCUGCAGUGAAGUCCUACCCGCGUUCCAUCGCACCCAACCCCAGCCUGGCGGCUAGCCUGAAGGGUGUUGGCCCAAAGAUUGUCAAGCUCAUCAAGCAGUAUUACACCAAUGGUUCGAUUGCAGAGGUCGACGAGAUUCGCAGGGACACGUCCUUUCAAAUCAUGAGCCAGUUCACAGAGCUCUAUGGUAUUGGUCCCAAGAAGGCUCGCGAGUACUAUAGCGAGGGCUGUCGAACCAUGGACGACGUGUUGCGUAUGGGAGGCAGCAUGGGCACCCAUCUGCACGUCGAAGAAUGCCUGCGCAUCCUGCCCGACCUGCGCACCAAGAUUCCGCGUCCAGAAGUCGAAGAGAUUGCCCGCUACAUCCACCAGGAGCUCAAGGCGAUCCUGCCAGAUGCUGUGUAUACCAUCUGCGGUGGUUUUCGCAGGGGCAAGCCCCAGUCAAACGACGUCGACAUCGUCUUUGCCGACACCUCGCCUUCGACUCGGUCGCAGUUGACGGCCAUGGAGGAGCUGCUGCGGGCGCUCAAGAAGAAGGCGUACGUCACUCAUAUCAUCAAUGUUACCACGCCGUCGGACAAAUACGAGCGAGUCUUUAGUAGGCUUGAUAUUGCCGAGGUCGUUGUGCUGCCUCCCAGAUCGGACACGGUCCCUCGAAGCCACUAUCGAAGGGUAGACAUCAUCUUCUCGCCGCUCAAGACCUACGGAGCGGCAGUGUUGGGUUGGACGGGCAGUCGCCAAUUCGAGCGCGAUCUCCGACGGAUCGCUCAGAGCCGCGGCUACACCUUUCACUCCACAGGCCUGACCUCCAACAACGACAAGACGACCCUGGAGACAACGCGCGAAGAAGACAUCUUCUCUGUACUCGAGAUCCCAUACAUGCCCCCAGAGCUGCGCAAUUGUGACGCAUAGUGUAUAUACCACCAACCCCUCUACAGCAACAGUGUACUUUGUCUUUUUGCCC